GCCGGCCGCCCGAGCCGCUGCAAUCUGUUGCGCGGCCGCCCGCGGGAGCCGGCAGAUCCGGGUCUCGUGGCCCAAAGUGACGUGGGCAAUCGAACCAAAACAGAGGAGGGGAGGAAGCCGGCGGCCAGCAGCGGCGGCGGCGGCGGCGGCGUCCCGAGAAGGCUCCCGGGUUCCCGGCUCGCAUCCCCUCCCGCCCCCGUCGCUCGGGUGUUCCGGGCGGAUCUAAGCAGUCAAGUUCACUCAAGCUGGGUAAUCAUGGCAGAAGGCGGAUUCGAUCCCUGUGAAUGUGUUUGCUCUCACGAACAUGCGAUGAGAAGGCUGAUCAAUCUGUUGAGGCAGUCCCAGUCCUACUGCACAGACACAGAAUGUCUUCAGGAACUCCCAGGCCCAUCUACUGACAAUGGCAUCAGUAUCACCAUGAUCUUGAUGGCCUGGAUGGUCAUUGCAGUCAUCCUGUUUCUCCUGAGACCUCCUAAUCUAAGAGGAUCCAACUUCACUGGGAAACCAGCCAGUCCGCACAACGGACAAGAUCCACCAGCCCCUCCUGUGGACUAACUUUGUGAUCUGGAAAUUGAGAAUAAUUAACACCUUGCACGACCAAAUGAACGAAGAUGACCAGAGUACUUUUAACCCCGUUAGAACAGUUUUUCUUUUUGCAUUUGAAUAUGGGAUGGUCUUGUUUUCAUGAGCUUCUAGAAAUGUCACCUGCAAGCUUCUGCUGUUUUCUGUUAUCACUAUUCUUCAUUACAAUUUAUUUGAGUAAAUGAUUAUAUUUAAAAACAAUUUACACGGGAUUUUUUUGGUUAUCCUAAGCUUAAACAUUCCAUUCAUUCUCUUUAUAAUUGUGUUCAUAUUUUUUUUAAAAUGAUUUCUGACCUGAUUGAGAGAUUUGAGAUAUAUGCAUUUAAAUAUUUUAGUCUUACUAGGUUUUUUAAUUUCCUUUUUUUCUCCCCAAUCAAUAUUUAUAAAGUUAUUUGGGGUUUUCUGAGAUUAUAUGAAAGAAAAUUCUAACUACAUUGUAUUUACAUGUACCUAGAAGUUUGGUUUGUGGAGGGAGUGGAAGUUUUCUCUAGUUUUGGGGAUGAUGGCAACAUUUGAAAUAUUUUAUUAGUUACAGCUAAAAUCUCUAGCAUUCACUAGAAUUGGCUAUGUGGUUAGGAAAGGAGAUGGGAAGAAGUAAAUUUGUUGUUUACUACGUUUUCUACUCCCACACAAAUGUGUCUAAUGUUAAGAAAUCUUUAAAUAAACAUGAUUUAAAUAUGGUCGAUGAUUUACUGCCCACUAAUGACAUUUGUAAUGCACUGCACAAGAGCCUCACAGAUUCAUGGAAAGAGUAGAAAAAUAAAUUCUUUCUGCCUUUGCCAGGUUUAAGCGACACUUUAUUUUUAAUAUGGUGCCUCUCUGGAUGCUUCUUUCUGUUCUAAUACUUCUCUCUUAAACAAAACAGUCUUGAAAUUUUGGAGGUGUCUAUGAUAUUUGAAUGCCUAUUUACUUAUUUACCUGAUUUUUUUCUUCAAAGAAACAUUUUUUUUCUCCAGUCUUUUGUUAUCCUUUGGCUUUAAGAUUAUUGAAUGGGUUCUUGGCGUUUUCCAAGGGAAAAGAAGGAAAAUGAAAAAACAAUUAAGGUAGGACCAGAGCACAGCAGUGGGUAGAGUACCCCAUCUUGUCCCCUGGGUCCUGCUAGGAGAGAUGACAAGCACAGAACCAGAAGUAAGCCCUGAGCACCCCAAGGGAUGGCCCCAGCACCCCUAACCUCCCAGAGAAGGUUUUUUUUCUCACCCUGUAUCUCAUUCUUGUUUGGUAAUGGAAUGGACAGGGGUAGGUAGGAGGAUUAAUAUAAGUAAAAAUUUUAAUUGAAUUUAUUCUUAAAAAGGGGAAUUAAAAAAACAUUGUUUUUCUCAGAAAGAAAAUAAAUACAAAUUGCACUUUUUACCAAAAAAGUCCGCAUGACCUAUGUGGAAGUUUCCCCUUAAAUAAUUACAAAUGAAAAUAUGCAGGCAAGAAGAUAAUUUAUUAUCAAUGUAAGGGUUCCCUCCCCCCCCCCAAUUCAUCUAGCAAUCCACUGUAUAGAUCUGAGAAAUUAUUUAUAUGAAUUGAAUUAUACUGUUUAAGAGUCUCUGGUGCAAUUGUGUAAUGUUGUCCAUAAGGUUAUUUCCGCCCCCUUUAGUAUGAUUACAUUAUAGGCCAUAACUUCGCAAGGGCUUGGUUUCAUUAUAUAAACCAGUGUGGACUGCUGUAUUUCUUAUGUUUCUUGGCUUUCUGAUCAAAUUCUUGAAAUAACAUGACCAACUCUUUUUUUCUUUCUUUUUUCUUUUCUCUACUGAAUCACCGUGAAUUACAGUCAGUCAUGAUUUAGUUUCAGGUAUACAGUGUUCCAACACCAAUCCACUUCCUCCACUAAUGUCCUCGGUUUCCCUCCCACCCCGCUUCCUGCCCUUUUCUUUUCUUUUCGGCUCUGGGUUUACAGCACUCUCACUGAUAGGGUAUCACUCGUAUCCCUUUAGUAUCCCCUUCCCUGUCCUAUCCCCCUCAGUGGCUUGCCUCCUACUGAAGAUCAGUUCUCAUGCUUUUUGUUCUGUUGCCUUUGAGCAUUUAUUAUUCCCCUACUGUGUUUAUAUCCCAUAUAUGAGAGAAUUUAUUCUGUGUAACUCUCUAUGAUCAACUAUUAGUGACUUGUGUAACCUGAAGGGCAUGGUGUAGCCUAAUGUAGGCAAGUCAAACCCAGAUGAAUAAACACCAGAGUUAAGGUUUUCCUCACGUGACCUACCUACCUACCAGAAGCUUUCCUAGUUCUAGAGCUGUUCAAGUUUUUUUUUUCUUUUUGGGUCACACCUGGCAAUGCACAGGGGUUACUCCUGGCUCAUGCACUCAGGAAUCACUCCUGGCGGUGCUCGGGGGGGCCAUAUGGGAUGCUGGGGAUCGAAGCCAGGUCGGCUGCGUGCAAGGCAAAUGCCCUACCCCCUGUGCUAUCGCUCCAGCCCCAUAGAGCUGUUCAAGUUUUUAAAUCAAAAAGAGGUGGAUUGGCAUAAAAUAGAGCAACCUUGCGAUAAGCAUGCCUUUUUCCUGGCAGGCUUCAGAAUUUGGGGGCUUGCAGUUAUAUCCUGUCAGUUUGUUUUUUAAAAACCACAAGGAAGCAAACUCUGGUAGAGAUGCAUGAUAUAGUCAUGGAACCUACCAUUACAAAUGGUUGGAAUUUGGCGAUGAUUGAAGAAGUAGCAUGACUUGGAAGUAGAAACAUAUCCUCUGAGCUAGAGCCUUAGAAUCCAGAUUCUUUUCUCUUUUUUUCUUUUCUGUAUUCUUGUUUACUCCUUGAUGCCCCUGAUUUUUGAGUUGUAUUGUUUUUGUUUUUCCCUGGUGCCAAGAACUAAGUGCCAGGGUUGGAGAGCUAGUCCUAAGGGCUAGAGCUUGCUUGGCCUGUAUCCUGGAGUCCCUCGGUUCAAUCCCUUGCCACAUGACCCCAACAACUGUACAGGUGUAGCCCAAGUAGCCCCUCAGCACUGCUGAUAGGACGCUACCCCCCAGCCAAACAUCAAACCCUAUGUUACCAGAUCUCCACCUCCCACACCUGGACAUGUGGAUUCUUAAUCCCAGUCUCUCGUUCUGUCAUGUAUACUUAAUGGUCAUCCAGACUUUUCAUCUUUUCAUAUAUGGACCAUUCACUUAAUUAGUAACAAAAGUUCAGAGUGAACUAUUUAGUCUUAGGGGUUUGGGUGUUUUUUGAUGGUUUGUUUUGUUUUUGGCUUUUGGCUUGUAAGAUUUUCUUCACAUUUUGGAUAAAGACAGUCCACGACUGCACACAAUGUAUUCCUGUUAGCCUAACUAGUAAUUUAGAUUAUUGUAUUCUUCAAGCUUCUACAUGUGGCCUUUUAUUGAGCGCACUUACUCAGUACUUGGCCUGUAAACAUUUUGCCUAAACCGUAGCUACAACCAUUUAAAAAUAAAUCGGUGUGCUGGGAAUGUGUCUCAGUGGUAGAGCAUCUGACUUCCAUGUAUGAGGCCCUGGGUUCAAGACUGGGUCGAGCACAGGGCCAGGAGUAGAUCCUGAGCACCACUAGGGAGGGCCUAAAAGGCAACAACAAUAGCAAAAUUAAAUCUGGAAACAGUACAGUACAAGACUAAAUAUUUGAGGUUUAGCUCUUAAGCAUUCUACAAAUGCCAUUGUUUCAGAGUAAUUUUUUAAAUUUUUUUUUGCUUUUUGGGUCACACCUUGCAUUGCACAGGGGUUUCUCUUGGCUCAUGCACUCAGGAAUUACUCCUGGCAGUGCUCAGGGGACCAUAUGGGAUGCUGGGAAUCGAACCCGGGUUGGCCCGCGCAAGGCAAAUGCCCUACCCGUUCGUUGUACUAUUACUCCAGCCCCAAGACUAAUUUUUUUAAUGCAAAAUAACAUUUUUUCUUGAUGGAAAAAGUUAACAUUGAAACUGUAUUAGGAAAGAUUUUUAUUAUGAAUAUAGCCAAACACUAUCUCUGAGUUGCAGAGGUUUUCCAAAGUAGCUAUUAAGUUACAGCUAUUCCUUGGUUACUUUUAUUGUCCUUGUGGUAUGCAAUAUUAGUGUUUAUAGAAUCACAAAUAUUUUACAUUUUCAAAGGAACCUAAGAACCUUGAAUGAAAAAUCUUUCACUCUAAGUGGAUUAUGUGCAAAAAUUUGAUCAAAUUCAAGAAGCGAAGCUGUAACUUGAAGAGAAAAAUAAAGCGUUUACAAUUAAAUUUUUGUUGUUGCAGUACUAUUCCUGAAUAAUAGGUCUUCUGUAUUUGUUAACCAUGUCUGAUUAUUUGUUCCAAGCAAAAGUGGUCAUGUGAUAUGCUAAAUAUUAAUUGCUGUUUAAGUAUUUAAAUCAUGCCAAACAAAUCAUGUCUAUGCCAUUCAGGUUUAUUGUAAUCUUUUAUUGAGUUCUUGGACUGGGAUAAAGGGCUUGUACUAUGCACUUUUUAUUAAUGAAUAAAUAGAAAACAUUAGUAACA